CCUAACAUUGCAUAAUGAUGUUGCCACCAAAAACGUUGCCUUAGAUGCUUAAAAUUUGAUUGAACUGGGUGUAUACCAACAUCAUAUAGCGGUGUUGCCAUUGAUCCGAAAACUGUUGCCUUAACCACAAAAAAAUCGCAAUGCCAACAUCUUGCCAACAUCUUGUGAGAUGUUGCCUUAGAGAAGAGUUAAAAUAAAAGAGGGAAACAUCCCGCUUUGUUUUGAUAGUCAAAUUUUUAAACAAAAUUCAGCUGCAACCGCCUUAGAAAAAACAUAUCUCUCCUGCAUAUCUCAGACAAUUAAAACAAAAAUUAAAAACAUAUCUCUCAUCUCUCUCUCUCAGACAAUCUCUCUCCUCGAACUCACUCUCUCUCAGACAAAACCUCCCUCUCUCUCUCUCUCCCGCAUCUCUUACUCAAUCUCUCCCGUAUACCUCUCUUCUGAAUCUUCUCCAUCUCACUCUUUCAUCUCUUCCUCUCAUCUCGUUCUCAUAUCUCUCAUCUCUCGAAGCUCGAAUCUGCAAAAAUUUGGGAAAGGGGGCUGGUUCGACGACUUUAAAGAAGGAGCUCUGUUGUUUUUCUCUCGUAGCUUUAAUUUGGUCGAACUCUAACUAUAAGAACAUAAAGAUGAGUGAAAUAUGGAUUAAUCUUCCAAGGUUCAGUGAAGAGUACAGCAAGGGGGUUAAAGAUUUUGUAGAAAAUGCUAUGGUUCAUUAUGCUGUAGAAAAUGAAAUGAAGUGUCCUUGUAGUUUAUGUAAAAGUAAGCAAUGGUGGGGUGCAGAACAAGUGUAUAACCACCUGAUUUGUAAUGGUCCAUCUGUGGUAGAAGUUAGCUGGAUUUACGACGUCUCAAACAUGGUAAAUGGUAGUACUGAAGGGAUGGAUUGUCAAGAAAAUGUCGGGUUCGAAGAUAAUCUGGAAGAAAUGUUGAAUGUUACUUGCGCCUACGGUGGAGCGAAUGCAGAUGCAAGGAAAUUUUUUCGCCUUGUUGAGGACGGAAAAAAGCCAUUGUAUCCGGGCUCCAAAAAAUUUACUCGGCUAAGUUUCCUUGUUAGGCUUUACCACUGGAAAUGUCUACAUGGAGUAACCGAGUCGGCAUUUGGUGAUCUAUUACUACUAAUAAAAGAGGCAUUCCCCGAUGUUGAAGUACCAUCCUCUUUCAAUGCUGCUAAAAAGGUAAUCAAGGAUUUAGGCCUUGACUACAAAAAAAUACAUGCAUGUCCAAAUGACUGCAUGUUAUUUUGGGAUGAAAAUAAGGAUGAAAUUUCUUGUAGAAACUGCGGUGCCUCAAGGUGGACUGAUGCGAAAAAUGGAGACGACAACAGCAAGAUUCCAGCGAAGGUCAUGAGAUAUUUUCCUUUAAAACCAAGGCUGCAGCGACUGUAUAUGUCAAAGGAUUUCUCUAAAUUAAUGACCUGGCACGCAGUGGAGCGAAAGAAAGACGGAAAGUUACGACAUCCGGCAGAUGGCAAGGCCUGGAAGCUGAUGGAUUCAAAAUAUCCAACAUUUUCAGCAGAAAAACGGAACAUACGAUUGGGAAUAGCUGCUGACGGGUUCAAUCCAUUUCGCACAAUGAGUACCAGUCAUAGCACAUGGCCAGUUGUAGUAGUCAACUACAACCUUCCUCCCUGGCUUAACAUGAAACCAGAAAAUUUAAUCCUCUCGACACUCAUACCAGGUCCCAAUGAUCCUGGAAAUAAUUUAGACGUCUAUAUGCAGCCUUUAGUAAAGGAAUUGAAAGAGUUAUGGGAGGAAGGAAUUGAAACAUAUGAUGCUUCGACAAAUCAGAAUUUUAUUUUACGUGCAAGCUUGUUAUGGACGAUUAGUGACUUUCCAGGUUAUGGAAUGCUAUCGGGCUGGAGUACAAAAGGCUACCUAGCCUGCCCUGUUUGUGCUUACGAGACGUCAUCACAAUAUUUGAAACAUAGCCGAAAAGUAUGCUAUAUGAAUCAUCGAAAAUUUCUAGAUUCCAACCAUAAAUGGAGAUCUGAUAAGAAAAGGUUCGAUGGUAAAGUUGAGAAAGGCGAAACCCCACCAGUUUUAACCGGCAGAUUUAUAGAGUUGGUGUUGGAUGGUUUCGAGAAUAAUUUUGGGUGUACGGGGAAGGGAAAAAGAAAAGUCAGCUGUGAGGUUAACCCUUGGAAUAAAAAGUCAAUUUUUUUUGACUUACCAUAUUGGGGUGAAAAUUCGAUACGGCAUAAUCUUGACGUCAUGCACAUUGAAAAGAAUAUAUGUGAUAGUAUUCUUGGCACUUUAUUAAAUAUAAGUGGCAAGACGAAAGAUCAUCUAAAUGCCCGAUUGGACUUGCAAGAAUUGGGUAUUAGAAAGGCACUUCAUCCUACCAAAUCCGCUGAUGGAAAGAAUUUUGAAAUGAAGGCAGCAAUCUUUGAUCUAACAAAGGAAGAGAAGGAUAUAUUUUGUUCUGUACUGCGAAAUGCUAAAUUACCGUACGGGUUUUCGUCUAAUAUAAGCAAGUGUGUGCAGGAUAGAAAGGUUGCGGGGUACAAAAGUCAUGAUGCGCAUAUUAUAAUGCAGUACCUUCUACAAAUAGCGGUUAAGAAGACAUUGAAGCCUGAGGUUGCAAUUCCAUUGAUUAGGCUUGGUGAAUUUAUGCGUAGCAUAUGUUCAAAAGUGAUUGAGGUGGAGGAUAUUAAAAAGCUUCAAAAACAGAUCAUUGAGAUAUUGUGCCAACUGGAGAUGAAUUUUCCACCUGCAUUCUUCGACAUCAUGGUGCAUUUACCAAUACAUCUCUGCAAUGAAAUUGAACUUGGUGGACCAGUCCACCAAAGAUGGAUGUAUUCCAUUGAGCGGUAUUUAGGUAAGUUGAAGCGAUAUGUUCGUAACAAGAGUAAGCCAGAAGGGUCUAUAGCAGAAGGUUAUUUGGCUGAUGAAUGCCUAAUAUUCUGUUCCAGAUUCCUAGGUGAUGAUAGUGUGUCGAAUGCAAUCAGAAAUGUAGAAGCCAGUGGGUAUCCUAUUGGUCUAGGGAAAAAUAAAGAUGGGAAAGCAUUUAAUUUGUGUGAAGAUACAUGGAUCUCUGCACAUCGUUACGUCUUAUUUAACUAUGAUGACCAGGAAGUGGAAAAACUAAUUGAGAAACACCGUGCUCUAUUUGACCAAAAUACAAAGUCCAAAAGGUAUAAAAGAGAAAGGGAUCACACUGGUGAAGUAUGUGAAUGGUUUAAGAAUGAAAUUGGUCAAAUGAAGGAUGUCACAAGAGAACUAGCAUCCUUAGCAAAAGGUCCCAAUCGGGCAGCCAAGCGGUUUAGUGGUUAUAUAGUAAAUGGCUAUAGGUUCCACACCAAGCGUAGAGAUCAAAAGUGCACUACACAAAAUAGUGGGGUUUAUUUAACAGCCUUAACCACUAGUUUUGCUAGUUCGAAGGACCAAAACCCAAAAACAGGGGAUGUUAAUUACUAUGGUUCGAUUGAAGAAAUAAUUGAACUUGACUAUUGGGGGGCUUUUACUGUUGUUUUGUUUAGGUGUACCUGGUAUGUAGACGAUAAGGAUUCCUUAGGUUUUACUCGCGUAAACUUCAACAGAGUUCGUCAAAAAGAUGACCCUUUCGUCAUGUCGACACAAGUCCAGCAGGUGUUCUAUAUUCAAGAUCCUACUGAACUGCAAUUUUAUUAUCCAAUUAAGAAGUUCUCGUCAGAGUCCUUUGAACAAGAUGAUAAAAAUUUAGCUGAAGAUGACAUAAACGGGAAAUUCACACGUGACAGUGAUUUUCAUUCAUUGCUAGAGGAACAAGAUACUGCGGUUAGCUGGUUCAGGGAUGAUGUCCCAUCAAAACAAAUUCCUAUUCCAGUUAUCCCAAUACUAGAUGAUUGUACCUUAGGUGUGGAUGACAACUGAUACAAUGACUUUUCACUUGCACCAUAAUGGCGAGUUCACAAAAGAAAAGUAUGUUGGUGGAUCAGUUAUUACUUAUGGGGACAUGGACCUCGAUCUGUUCUCAUACUCAGUACUGAUGGAGUGGGUCAAAGAACUUGGUUAU